AUGCUACCCUCAGUGGAUCCCGCCCCAGCACUUGAUUCAGAAGUGAAAAAUUCGGAAAAUCGAUCAUCGACGAUCGAUCCAGCGACUCCUGCUGCUCUUCCUGCAGCACCAUCGAUUGAUGUCGAAAAAGGGAACCCGGAACUGAUUGAUAAUUUGGUAAUUCGAAAUUCUUGA